CUGGAUCGUUGCAGAGAGCAUAGUCCGAGUCAUGCAUCCACGAUUUGCAGCGUACUCAUCUUCAUCUUCAUCUUCAUCUUCCACCAUCGCCAGCGCUUACAAGUAGCUGCUGCAAUUGCUGCUGCCACUAUCGACGUCCCCUGAUCAGAAACACCACCACUCUCAGCGCCAACUUUUUCCCCCCGUCGUCUUCAACAUGAUCGAUCUUUGGCAGAUCCAAGCGGACAAGGGCGGAGAUCCUGAAGUGGUGCGAGCAUCUCAAGCCAAGAGGGGAGCCGCACCCGAGCUGGUGGACGAGGUGGUGGGGCUGUACAAGGAGUGGGUAGCAGCCGAUCACGCGGUCAACAUGGCUCAACGAGAUGUGAAUGCCAUUCAAAAGGAGAUUACAGCGAAGAAAAAGGCAAAAGAAGAUGCGAGCGAGGAGUUGAAGAGAAAGGUGGAGAAGGAUAAGGAGGCGGCUAGACUUAGACCUUUGGCCAUCGAGAAGGAGAGGUUGCUCAAAUCGGCUGCCAACAAGAUUGGAAACAUUGUCGGUGAUAUGGUCCCCGUCAGCCAGACAGAGGACGAUAACAAGGUGCUGCGCACUUGGCACCCGGAUGGUCCCAACGCCCAAGUCGAAAAGAAGAGCGACAUCAUCUCUCAUCACGAAGUCAUGCUUCGUCUGCAAGCCUUUGAUACGGACAGGGGGGCCAAGAUUUCAGGUCAUAGAGGUUUCUUCUUGACCAACGACGGCGUGGAUCUCAACCAAGCCCUAAUCAAUUACGGAUUGGAUUUCUUGAGGAAAAAGGGUUACAUCAAGAUGAUGACGCCGUUUUUGAUGAGAAAGGAUGUGAUGAGCAAGACUGCUCAGUUGGAGGAUUUCGAUGAGGAACUGUACAAGGUCACGGGCGAUGAGGAUGACAAGUACCUGAUCGCCACCUCGGAGCAACCCAUCAGCGCUUUUCAUUCUGGCGAGCUCUUUGACAAACCAGAGACGCAGCUGCCGCUCAAAUACGCUGGCUACUCUACAUGCUUCAGAAAGGAAGCAGGCAAGCACGGCAAGGAUACGUGGGGCAUCUUUAGGGUGCACCAAUUCGAAAAGAUCGAGCAGUUUUGCAUCACCGACCCUGCCUCUUCUUGGGACAUGCUAGACGCUAUGCUGGCCAAUUCGGAGGAGUUCUAUCAAUCCCUCGGACUACCUUAUCAAGUCGUCGCGAUCGUCUCGGGAGCGCUGAACAAUGCUGCAGCAGCAAAGUACGAUUUGGAAGCUUGGUUCCCUUUCCAAGGCGAAUACAAGGAAUUGGUCUCUUGCUCCAACUGCACAGACUACCAGUCUCGCAGCUUGGAAGUGCAGUGCGGAACAAAGAGGCAGGGUGAUACGAGGAGGACAUUUGUGCACAUGCUCAACGGAACGCUCUGCGCAACGGAAAGAGCGCUAUGCUGCAUCGUGGAGAAUUGGCAAACGCCAGAAGGACUGCAAAUUCCUCCGCCUCUUCGACGUUAUAUGCAAGAUCGAGAAUUCUUGCCCUACACGCGCGAAUUGCCAAAGGGCACUACGAGCUCCAAGAGAAAGUAGGCGAGAAGAGGGGCGGGGCAGGGCAACAAGAGUGAAAUUUUUUUGCGGAGGAAGAUUUCCAUUGGAAAUGGGAUGGAAUCUUUUGGCUGCCUGUAUCGCACACCCCUCUGCUUUCACGCAGAAUGCGUUGAGGGCGCGAGUGUGAGCCAGCAAGACGAGUUGUGGGCGAUGUUGUAUCUUGCGGGAAGCUGGCGAGGG